AUGGACAUCUUCGAAGAUACCGAGCCGUACUACGCGCUGGAGCAGCUGCGGCACCACGAAGUGUCGCCCCUUAUGGUAGCAAAUCUGUUAUUCAGAUUUUGUGAGCCAAAGCUACAUGGCGUCAGUGAUGAUAACUUGGCGACACUUGCCAAUAUUACCAUCGAAAAGCUUUCCUGUGAUUCCCCACUCACAGAGGUGUUACGCUCACUGGAUUGUGUCGAAUUCAAUAAGAAAAUAUUCAAAAAUUUGCAGUUUGAUUACGAUCGAUUCUUUCACUUUUGCCGACUUCUCUGCUCCAGAGAUAAACAGGGUUUCGACAUUAUUGGAAUCGCCUUCUUUUCUAAACCAUGGAAAAACAAUGCCUACUUUCAACUAGAGUUCAUCAAAUUUUGCAUUCAAAGCAAUAAUCUCGGUGUAGUACUACUGAGUUGUAAGAACCAAACUCAACUGAACAAGUUAGUGCCUCAGGUCGAUCUGUUGAAAUGUCAGCCAGACGAUGGAGACAUGCAGCUGCUUCCUUGGAAGUUUCAGUGUCUAUUUCAGAUUCUAGUAGACCUGUCUGAGACACAGAUUCUCAACCAAAUGGUAGAGGAGAUCUUUUUCUUUCCAUUGAACAAGUGUCCCGAUUUGCUGAUUCUCGGUCUACUCGAAUGCACCGGCAAUAAUACUCGACUGAAGGAAGUUGUGCUAAUCAAAGCAAUACUAAAGUUUCUCUACCCGACGUCUGCUCACCCGAACUCAACUCAGAUCUUCCAACGCAUUUGGCCAAAUGACUUUAAUCACACCCACGUCAAUUCACUCACCUGGUCACAAAGACUACUUCUGACAUCGAUGAUUGAGCUCUACAGUUCUUCAACUCCUGAAGAACAGCAGCAAAAACUGUCUCGCAUUUUAGAUUUGUCCCAGGACUUGAAAGCGCUCAACCUUCUUCUUUCAAGCAACUCGUACCUGUUUGUUAUUGAUCUUGCCUGCCUUGCCUCACGCCGUGAAUAUCUCAAACUUGACAAAUGGCUGAAUGAUAAAAUCCAAACAAAUGGUCAACCUUUCAUCGAAGUUUGUGUCACUUUUCUAAAACGCCGUUGUCCUGCGUUUGGCCCAAAUGAGAGCAGUAGUAUGACUUUUCCCAAUGAGACCUUCACUACCAUUCUAAACUGUCUCCGUCAACACAUUUCUGAUAAUCCAAAAACGCUUGCUGAAUUAGAACUGGUAAAAAUGUUGGCGAAAUACUCACAGACGCUUCCUGAUGUUGAAAACGAAUUCAGCAAGGAAGUAGAAGAAGAGGCUGAUUCAUAUUUGCGAAAAAUUUACAAUCAAGAUUUGCCUGAUUCUAUGUCCAUUGACCAAGUGCUGGAUAUGCUGAAAAAAUUUCAGGAAUCUCCCAACAAGCGUGAAAAAGAAGUGUUUGCUU